CAAGGAAGAAAUUAUUUUUGACCAACAUCUGUGCAAACCUGAUUAUAAGGUCAAACUUCUGGAUUAUAGAGGUUAUGUGACAUAAAAAACCUGUGGCCAAAACAGUUGUAUACAGUCAGCAGCAGGUGGAAGAGGUUAAUAAGAUCAAUAUUUAAUGCCAAUUGUUGAACCUGCUAACUUUAUCAUCAAGUAAAAGCUGGAUAUCUUCUGUGGCAUUGAUAUCUUUUAUCAGAGACAAUAUUGGAGCCUGUCAUUUCAUUUUAAUCUGGAAUAUAAUGGAAUAUUUGUAAGCUGGAAGAGUUAAUUAAGAUUCAAAGUUACUGCUGUGCAAAUAAAACCCUUUGCUUCUGGGCAUCUCUGAUGGAUUUUAGUUAAAUGUGAUCAUUGUUUUAUGUAAUUAUUCACUGAAAGUAGAUAUUGAGAAAGGAAGUUCGGUAUUAAUUGAGGAUGAGGAGAACAAGUUCUUAUUCUGUUGCUGACAAAAAGGAUGAAAAUGGAAGUGAUGUAUCUUCUGAUGCAACUUUGAAAAGAUUUAGACAGUUGCGAUUCUCUGGAAAGCAAAGGGCAGAUCACUGUGUUCAAAGGGGAGAGCACUGUGAUCAAAGGGGAGAUCACUCUGAGGAUGAGGUAGAUGAACACGAACAUAAAGACAUACCAGCAGAGCUGGUGACAGAUCUCUCAGUAAGAAAGAGCACACGACAGGAGAAAGGAAAUAUGCAGAAAAAGCCCUUGUUCUCUCGGCGCUUCUCAGAGCCCGGCAAGGUCAUCAUGUCAACCGGUCAGCGAUUCCAUCGCAGUCAGAGCCAGGUGGACCAGAAAAUGCUAAAUAAGCAGAUGUUACAGGAACGAGGUUGUUAAUUACACUCAGGGUUUGGUAGUUACUACUGCUUUGAAAGGGAUCUAAUUAAAAAGAAAAAAGUGGAUGUACAUGUAAAACAUGAUAGGCUUUCUUGAUAUUUCUCUUAAGAAAGAUAUUGUUUGCUACUGUAUAUAUACAUGUUGUUGUAAUAUAAAAGACAAGUAAUUAGAAAUUACAAUUAGAUUUGUACAUGUACUUAGCAACACUUUUUUUU